CGCGGCGUCCCCUCGCAGUCCCCCGAGCACCGCCCGCCGAAGCCCGGCCUCCACGCCGAGUGAUUUGCCUUCAAGAAAAUUGGGGAUUCAGAAAGUUGGGGACUGCUCUGAACAUGGCCAACCUCCUGAAAACAGUGGUGACCAGCUGUUCGUGCCCUUUCCUUAGCAAUUUGGGGUCCUGUAAGGUUGUGCCUGGGAAGAAGGAGUUUUUACGAACAUUUCAUACGCAUCAGGCACUGUGGUGUAAAUCCCCUGCAAAACCAGGAAUUCCAUAUAAGCAACUGACUGUUGGAAUCCCCAAGGAAAUUUUCCAAAAUGAGAAGCGAGUGGCAUUGUCUCCUGCAGGCGUUCAGGCCUUGGUCAAGCAGGGUUUCAACGUUGUCGUGGAAUCGGGCGCUGGCGAAGCGUCCAAAUUCUCAGAUGAUCACUACAGAGCAGCAGGUGCCCAGAUCCAGGGAACAAAGGAAGUGCUGGCCUCGGAUUUGGUGGUCAAAGUGCGGGCCCCCAUGCUUAAUCCAACAUUAGAUAUUCAUGAAGCUGACCUUUUAAAGACUUCGGGAACACUGAUUAGCUUCAUUUAUCCAGCCCAAAAUCCAGACUUGCUAGAUAAACUUUCCAAAAGGAAAACGACAGUUUUGGCGAUGGACCAGGUUCCAAGAGUCACGAUUGCUCAGGGAUAUGACGCGCUGAGCUCCAUGGCCAACAUUGCUGGUUACAAGGCCGUUGUACUAGCAGCAAAUCACUUUGGACGGUUUUUUACUGGUCAGAUCACGGCUGCUGGAAAGGUCCCUCCAGCUAAGAUUCUGAUCGUUGGUGGUGGCGUUGCUGGGCUUGCCUCUGCAGGUGCAGCCAAGUCCAUGGGGGCCAUUGUUCGAGGAUUCGACACGAGAGCCGCGGCCUUGGAGCAGUUCAAGUCUCUCGGUGCCGAGCCCUUGGAGGUGGACUUGAAGGAGUCUGGCGAGGGCCAAGGCGGGUACGCGAAGGAGAUGUCCAAGGAGUUCAUCGAGGCUGAAAUGAAGCUGUUCGCUCAGCAGUGCAAGGAGGUGGACAUUCUCAUCAGCACCGCCCUCAUCCCAGGUAAAAAAGCGCCGGUUUUAUUUAGUAGAGAAAUGAUCGAGUCAAUGAAGGAAGGUUCAGUGGUUGUGGAUUUAGCUGCAGAGGCUGGUGGAAACUUUGAAACCACGAAGCCAGGAGAACUGUAUGUUCAUAAGGGCGUCACUCACAUAGGCUAUACAGACCUCCCCAGCCGCAUGGCCACGCAGGCCAGCACCCUGUACUCCAACAACAUCACCAAGCUCCUGAAGGCCAUCAGCCCGGACAAAGAUAACUUUCACUUUGAAGUGAAAGAUGACUUUGACUUUGGUACAAUGGGCCACGUCAUUAGAGGAACUGUCGUGAUGAAGGAUGGCGAAGUGAUCUUCCCUGCUCCCACACCGAAAAACAUUCCUCAGGGCGCCCCCGAGAAGCCGAAGACAGUGGCUGAGCUGGAAGCGGAAAAAGCAGCCACAGUCACGCCCUUCAGGAAAACCAUGACCACGGCUUCGGCGUACACCGCAGGUCUCACCGGGAUUCUGGGCUUGGGCCUCUCAGCUCCCAACUUAGCCUUUUCCCAGAUGGUGACCACGUUCGGCUUGGCCGGCAUUGUGGGCUACCACACCGUCUGGGGAGUGACCCCCGCCCUCCACUCGCCACUGAUGUCCGUGACUAACGCGAUCUCAGGGUUGACUGCAGUUGGUGGGCUGGCGCUGAUGGGCGGGCAUUUGUACCCCUCCACCACGUCUCAGAGCCUCGCUGCUCUUGCUACCUUCAUAUCCUCGGUCAACAUCGCAGGUGGCUUUCUGGUGACUCAGAGGAUGCUGGACAUGUUCAAGCGCCCCACUGACCCCCCGGAAUACAACUACCUGUAUCUGCUCCCUGCUGGCACCUUCGUGGGAGGAUAUUUAGCUGCCCUCUCCAGCGGUUAUAACAUUGAACAAAUCAUGUACCUGGGCUCAGGUCUGUGCUGUGUUGGUGCCCUGGCCGGCCUUUCCACCCAGGGAACUGCUCGUCUUGGCAAUGCAUUGGGCAUGAUCGGCGUGGCUGGAGGCCUGGCAGCCACCCUUGGAGGCCUGAACCCGAACCCGGAAUUGUUGGCUCAGAUGUCGGGAGCCAUGGCUUUGGGCGGCACCAUUGGAUUGACAAUUGCCCAGCGCAUCCAGAUUUCGGACUUACCUCAGUUGGUGGCCGCUUUCCACAGUCUGGUGGGCUUGGCGGCGGUGCUGACCUGCGUAGCUGAGUACAUUGUGGAGUAUCCGCAUUUCGCUACAGACGUAGCGGCAAACCUCACCAAGAUCGUGGCCUACCUCGGGACUUACAUCGGCGGGGUCACCUUCAGCGGCUCCCUCAUUGCCUAUGGAAAACUGCAGGGCAUCCUGAACUCCGCGCCCCUCCUGCUGCCCGGGAGGCACAUGCUCAACGCGGGCCUGCUGGCGGCCAGCUUGGGUGGGAUCAUCCCCUACAUGCUGGACCCCAGCUUCGGCACGGGCAUCCUCUGCCUGGGCUCCGUGUCGGCGCUCUCUGCUAUCAUGGGUGUGACCUUGACGGCUGCCAUCGGGGGUGCGGACAUGCCCGUGGUCAUCACUGUGCUGAACAGCUACUCGGGCUGGGCCCUGUGCGCCGAGGGCUUCCUGCUCAACAACAACCUGCUGACCAUCGUGGGCGCGCUCAUCGGCUCCUCCGGGGCCAUCCUGUCCUACAUCAUGUGUGUGGCAAUGAAUCGCUCCCUGGCGAAUGUGAUUCUUGGAGGCUAUGGUACCACUUCAACAGCUGGUGGAAAACCCAUGGAAAUUACGGGCACACAUACAGAAAUCAACCUGGAGAAUGCCAUCGACAUGAUUCGAGAAGCUAAUAGCAUUAUUAUUACUCCAGGCUACGGACUGUGUGCGGCCAAAGCGCAGUACCCCAUCGCCGACCUGGUGAAGAUGCUCACGGAGCAGGGCAAGAAAGUCAGGUUUGGAAUUCACCCAGUUGCAGGCCGGAUGCCUGGCCAGCUUAAUGUGCUGCUGGCUGAGGCUGGGGUGCCAUAUGAUAUUGUGCUGGAAAUGGACGAGAUCAACCAGGAUUUCCCAGACACUGAUUUGGUCCUUGUGAUUGGAGCUAAUGACACUGUCAAUUCAGCAGCUCAAGAAGACCCCAACUCUAUUAUUGCAGGCAUGCCGGUUCUCGAGGUCUGGAAGUCAAAGCAGGUCAUUGUUAUGAAGAGGUCCUUGGGCGUUGGCUAUGCUGCAGUGGACAAUCCAAUCUUCUACAAACCCAACACGGCCAUGCUGCUAGGCGAUGCCAAGAAGACCUGUGAUGCACUACAGGCGAAAGUUCGAGAAUCCUACCAGAAGUAAACUUCAAAGGUCAAGCUGUUGUCUAGCAGCAGGGGAACUUGUGGGAACAGGCCACGGAAGUAUCACUAUAGACGGCUGAAGCACCUCUGUAGCAAAGCUCUUGCACGGAAAGGAAGACCCUGAAGAAAGCAAAGCAAAUACAGGGAGAUUUUUCAAGAGCAUUUUUAAAAAAAGGAUUGAAAAAAUUCGACAUGUCCUUCUGUGCAUAUUUUUUUGGUGUUAUAAAUCAAAAGUAUUUUAUAAAAGGAGAAAGAACAGCCUCAUUUUCAAUGUAACCUGUUUAGAUUUUUUAAAAUUCCUGCUCAGUAGCCCAGUAAUGUUUUAAGAAAUUAAGUCUAGGAUUUGAGACUUCACCAAACACAGAUCUGAAAAAUCUGACGCAGUGUCAACAUUGCAGGCACCUGGGUCGAUGGUUUUUCCAACAAAUGUGACUAAUUUGAAACUUUCCUCAACUCCGGAGCUGACCUCUGACCUUUACCAUCUGAACCAACCAUAUCAAAUUGGGUUUGGUUUUUCAAACUGUACUUUCAAUUGUAGAUUUCAGGGGUGUAUUUUCUCACUUCUAUUUUAAUACGUUAAAGGACUAGGUAACCUUCCAGAGAUGCUGGAAACAGUUAAGCCAUUUGCUUUGUAUGUUUCGUUAGAACACCAAUGAAACAUAAUGUGAAAUCAGUAUUAGUUGUAUUUGUUAAAACCCCAUUUCUAAUCGGAGAGCUCUUUAAUUUCAAUCAAUUUAUAAUGCGUAGUACUGUACUAAGUGCACUUGAAUGGAAUUCAACUAUUUGCCUAAUAAAAUGAGUUCAUUAUGUUUGCACAUUGA